GAUGGGAAAGGCAAGCAGAUGGAUCAUCAAUUUCUUGGUCGGAAAGCAAGAGAAAAAGAUUAACGAUGUUCCGAAAACUAACGUUUCGAAUGAGUUUGCGCUUACCUUUUCUGCCAGGGCGGCGGUGAAGCAGCUAGGUACGCCGAAAGUGAAGAGAAGGUGGAGCUUUGGGAUGUUGGCAGGCAAAGAGGUAUCCCGCAUGGUUACAAAAUCUGUUGAUUCAAUUGACAUCACUAAGUUGUCACUCAAGGCUCAGAAGAAUCGUGCUGUGACACCAGGAGAUGUCGAAAACGCUGCAGCUACAAGGAUUCAAGCUGCCUUCCGUUCGCAUUUGGCAAGGAAGGCUUUACAUGCCUUGAAGGGUUUGGUGAAGUUGCAAGCACUGAUAAGAGGCCACAUUGUGAGGAAACAAACAACUGCUACGUUAAUUCAGAUGCAGGCGUUGAUGGCUAUCCAGGUUAGAGCGCGGAUUAAGCGAAUUCAGAUGGCGGAAGAAGCACAGCUAGCUAAUAAAAAGCAGUUGAUCAUUCAAAGAGGCCACCCUCAGGACAAUGGAGUUCAUAGGGCAAGUCUCCUCCAAUCUCAAAUGUUUCCUAAGUCAAUAGAUUUGAACCCGAAUGAUGUUCAACGAGUUGCGAAAAGCACGAGUGGACACCUUAAUCAUUCACAAGGUGCAGGGAGGUUUGAACAUGGCCAUUCGACAAUCUAUUCUGAUCGUCUUUCCAUCUCAAACCGGCAUCACUACGAGGAAUUCUCUUUUGCAACGGCAAAUAGUCCCUGGAAUUAUCCUUCUGCAUCCAAACCAAAACCAACAAGACACCCCUUCACUCAUCAAGACCAAGAUUACACAGAUCAUGAGAACUCUGCAUUCAAGCCAAAUUACAUGACCAACACGAAAUCUUCAAAGGCGAAAGCCAGGUCACAGAGUGAACCAAAGCAAAGGCCCGAAGGAAGCUUGAAGAAUAGAAGCAAGCAAACAGAAGUGGAUGCCAGACUUGUUGCCAUGGACUAUCAAGUGCUGAAACGUUCAUCCACACAGUUUAAACCCGACGGUCAGAAAAACCAGGAUCCCUGGUUUGUUAAGCUCUACAGAUCAAGAAGAUUGUUCGAGGACAACAAGCAUGCCUCCGGUAGCCCGAGUACCGUCCAUUCCGACUAUCAUGAAUCUCUUGCUGCGUAUGAGCCCCAUGUGAACUUGUACUAA